UGUAUUUCCAAAGCUAUGCGUCCAUCCAGUAUUUUGACCUUUGAACCAGGGUUGGAGUCUGGAGUGCCAUGGGGCCGUGAUCUUUUUACUUUUGUGACUUCAGCAGCUGGUCACAUGAUGAGGACUUUGCAAAGACCACGUAAAAACAAGCCAUCAAAACGACAAGUUAAUCAUCGCAGGUUUCUGCACAACAUGAUACAGAGGAAAUUUGCUGAAAUAGAGGCAGCAAACCAUCAGCUGGCGUCUGCUUUAUUUUCAACGGAUAAACCCUCAAAUGAUCUGACACCCAGAAUAUCUCACAUUGUAACAGAAGUCACAGAUCAGUCACCCAAACUAUCAAAAAAAGCUGUUGAAACUUUUAUAAAUGCUGACAAAACCGAAGCUCUUCCUGAACAACAAGAGGAUGUGUGUGACCUCUGGACAUUGGACAGUCUUUUGGAGACCCAUGUGGUUGAUAAAAGUUUCUCACAGUGCAAGUUCUCCAAUCGUAGAGGAGAAAAUCCCAGAACUGACUGCAAAGCUUUGAAAAACAACCCUGGAAGCUCAAUGGAGAAGGACACCGGCUUCAGCUUGGAAAGACAACCAGCAUCUACCGAUUUAGAAAGCUUGACACAAAUGACCAACAGUCUUCUAGAGGACAGCAUGUCCUCCUGGUUUGGAUCCAUUGAAAGAACAAGAACAUAUUCGAAACCACGUCUCACCAAAUGCUCUGACAUGAAGUUGCUCCACAUAGAGGUUGACGUUCCAGACCUGUCACCCCCUUCUCCGGUGAUUUCACUAUUGUCUUUGGAUUCAUGCGAUUUGGAGGUUCAGAUGCUCAUAGAUGCCGAGCACUGUGUCCAAACGCAAGAUGCCAACAUCGUAGAGAGUCUCCAGAUGGAUAUGGUGGACGACCUUGACUUUCUAGAUUGUUCUAGUAAUCAUGGAGAUCUGCUUACCCAUAACGAUGAUCUUAAAUGUAACGAGUGGAUGGGUCACAGUGAAGAGGAUGGACGAUGUUUACAGGAAACAUGUGUGUUUCCAAGCUCUACGGAUUCAGACCUAGAGAACCUAACAGGUUCUGAUGGUGGGACCAGCAACUCCAUGUCCAAUUUGGGCCAAACCGGUCAUGAAUUUUUUGCUAAUGUUCUCUGCAGUCAAGAGCCACAUAGACGUAGCUUCCAUCAUGAUCAAGUAAACUUUACUAUGAACCACAAUACCAUUCUAGAAAACCGUUUUGGUCAGGUUGAACCUUGGAUGAAGAUGAAUGGGAAAGAGGAUGGUUACUCAGAUACAGAUUUUUAUGUCAUGGACGGUAAUAUUUCAAGCCACCACAUCUUCCCAGGAUUUAAGAGUCAGUUGGAGCAAUCCAAAAGGAUUCUUUAUGACAACUGGGAACAACAACAUCUAAAAAGCUCAUACAAGAACUUUACAAGUCCAGUAACAGAUCAGAUUAUGAUGCAAGACACUGAUAUAAGAAAUAUCGUACAGGUUGAGAAUCUCUGCCAGACUUUACCAGGCCCCCAAUGCCCGAUAAUGUGCUGCCUCGAAGGCUUUUGUUAUCAUAAAGAAGAGUCGUGUUUUUACUCGCAAUUCAACAACUUUGAGGGCGUGGCUAGAUCUUUCCCUGCAACAUUACGUAAGCUCCACCCCACUCCAAUUCCAACUCCGCCUCUAGAUGAUGAUUGGCUGUUCAGUAACAUUGUGGCAGAGGAAGAGGUAAAUAGUAUGAAUAAUACAUUUGGAAAGUAUUGA